AUGUCGCCGCAGGGAGCCGGCGACCCUGUCGUUGGCGUGCCCAACCGCGGGGCUGCACAGAGCUGCUACUGGGCCAUGUCGUUGGGGGUUGCGCUGUGCUGCGGCCCUGCCGCCCCUUCGGGGCCCGCAUCCGUCACCUAUGUCGUCCUCACCGUCGGCUUCUCCGUUGACCACAACGGCAAUGUCGAGCAUGAGUUGAUGCGACUUGGUGGAUAA